AUGUCCGUCACUGCUACCUCUACUGCCACCUCGCUGUCGGUCCUUGCCGACUAUGAACUACACCACAGCGGCGGACCGUCUACCUCAGAUUCUACCCCUGCUCCAUCCGUGAAUACACCACAGCCAGCGGAUUGGCCAACCCAUCACCGUCGCAUGCCUGCUCAUCGGCCUGUAAACCGUAACCUUGACUAUAAUGAACGGACGGCAGGCACCAGUGCUGGGGAGUUUGUGUUUAUUCAAGUCAUGUUGCACGGAGUGUGGCUCAACGCUGCUGUGUCGCGCCUAUGGAGGUUUACUGGAGGAAGAAUCAACGAUAAGAUCUUUCACUACGAAGUUGGAGGAGAAUGGUAG